AUGGCUGCUGAUAAGUGGUGCAAGGUUGCACUGCACAAAGCUGGCAAUCUCGCUCGAAGUCAGUCGAUGAAUAUGUGCGAAAGCGACGAAGGUGAUAUCACUAUGAUCGCCUCGAUCGUGCAUCAUAGUUCCUGCAUACCGGAGGAGAAGAACAAGAUCGAAGUAGGAACGUUGUGUGCCAUUCGGAUGAGACUGGCGCAGAACUUCCGCUUCACCAUACCACCGUCAUGUCAAGUGGCACCCUCUUCGUCCGCAUCUGGAAGCACUUCUUCCGUCCCUGGAAGGCGCUUAAAACGGAAUCACCGGCAAAAGUCAAAGGUGCUAGUCGGAGUCGGAGUGCAAACGAUGCUUGUAUCAACUAUCACUCACGGUCACCUGCCCGCUCACGCUGUCGUUAUCAAGAGAAUUUUUGGAAUCAAGGAGAAAGGAGACAUACUGGACAUCAUGGUUGAAAAAAUGGAGGGUGCAAAAAACCCGUCACAAUUCGGAAUUAUGUUGAUGAACGCCACCGAAAACGUUAGCUGAUGAAAGUCAGGUUAAUUGUUAUGUAUGUAUUAAACGGCAAUACGCUGAGCCACGAUAUCGGUUAUGUAGUGCGCUGUC